AUGCCUAGGUUCUCGGUCACAUUUGGAAGGCGGAAGUCUACCGCUGAUAAUUUGGACAAUGCCCCGGUGACCCCCUCUUUCCGCGUUCUUGAGCGCUCUGAGGUGGCUGGGGCGAAGCAAGUCGAUGGUGGCGUGAAGCCUGUGAACCAAGGCUUCCAUAGGCCGACUGGAUCCGAUGUCACUUUCGAGGACAAUAUUUUUGCCGAUCUUAAGCCCAAUAGAGGAAGCGGGUCCUCCAACACAACCAAGACAACAUUGACGGAUAUUUCUUCACGUCACAGUAAUGCCUCAACGACCCCAUCGUCCACUGAUAUGGGCGGCAUCGAAGAUUCUCGGGGAGGACAGAAGAAGUUACCUUCGGAUGUCCCGGUUCCUCCAAUCCCCAAGUCGUCAGCUACUACCGGGUUCCUCAGGGCUGCUGGGCGCACGUUCUCCUUUGGCGGGCAGAAAAAGCACCAGCUCGCUCAGCCUACAAUCACCGAGUCCCCGCCAGCGACAUCCGAAUCAGACCCCAAAACCCCGUCAAACGGCCGGUCCAGGGCAGCAACCACGUCGACCACAACGACUCUUACACCUCCAAGGGUUGACAGCGAUUUUGAAUUGGAUCUUGGCGGCGACUUCGGCAAACUGGUGCUGGGCAGUGAUCACCGUUCCAGCGUUGUGACGCUUAAGAAUGACCAAUAUUCGGUGCAAGCUCCUGCUCCUCGCUCGCUAACAGGAUCUCGGCCCAACCAGCCAUCUCCGCUCCAAUUCGACAACUCGGUCAAGGUUGAUCCUCCUCUUCGAUCAUGGAGCAGCCAGCAUUCCAAUGACCAACUAAUUGCCCCUUCUCCUACCACCUCGCCUGCUUUCAAGGAUAAUGCCCCUGCUGUUUCGUGUAUUCUGCGGGAAUCCUCGCCUAUCACGGAGAGGCCGCGACCGGGAACGUCUCCAGAGUUUGGAUCCCGCAAACCAGCUCUCUCUCCCCAGCAGUCCAACUUGGAGCAAGAAGAGGAUGCAGAAGACGAAGAAACGAGGCUGUUGAAAGACUCUCUGUCUACAGUAACCAAAUUUUUGAAUGGCACAGAAGCGCCCAUGACCUCCGGCACCACAUAUCGACGGGAUGGAAGCACACUGGAAGCUGAUAGCGACAGCCUCUUCGAUUCCACUUCCUCUCGCUAUGGUAGUCGGUACACGUCUCGCAAGCAUCAAGGGCCUCCAACAACCAACAAAGUGAUGACUCCUGCGGAGUUUGAGAGGUACCGGAGGGACAAGGAACAACAAGACAGGGAGCGUAGGGAACACAACAAGUUUUCUGGCAAGAACAAUCGAGAUGAAGACGAAGAGGAUAAUUAUGAAGACGACGAGGACGAUUUGGAAAAAGCAAGGCAGCAAGCAAAGCAGAGGCAAAAGCAAGAGGCACAUCUGGCUGUGUAUCGGCAACAGAUGAUGAAAGUCACGGGUGAAUCCUCAUCAAGGCUGAGCAUCCAGAUGUCCUCUAGCACUCCGGCGCUGACAACUACAAUUACCACGCCGGCUGCUGGACCAGCCAAUGGCUCGGACAACUCCGACGAGGAUGAGGAUAUCCCGUUGGCCGUCUUGGCUGCACAUGGCUUCCCGAAUAAAAACCGCCCACCAAAUCGACUGAGUACCAUGAUGUCAAAUCCAAAUUUACGUGCUGCCCAGCAACCAAGUUAUCAGCGUCCUGGGUCGGCUAUUGGAGAUGUUCCUGGGGUGGGGAACGCUCGUCUUCCCGCCUUUGCAAGAAAUCUUCCCCAGGACCCUUUCAUCGGUGCUGGUUUGAUCCGCAACCCUGUUCGUGAGAGUUUCUCCCUCGGCGGUGGCGCGCCUGGUAUCCCGCCCGGUGGUCUGAUUGGUGUCAUAGCAAACGAGGAACGCAAUCGAGCGAUGAGACGAGGAAGCCCUCACCUUGAAGGCCCAACUGUUCUUCCUUAUGGAUCUGGGGGCUUGGACCCCGUCACUGGCAUCCCUUCGCACCAAGCGUAUCAGGGGAAUCGCCAUUCCAUGAUGCAGAUGAAUCAGCAAAUGCAGCAGUUCAUGCAGAUGCAGAUGCAAUUCAUGCAAACAAUGAUGGCAAAUCAACAGAACGCCCCCAUGGCAUCAGUGUCCGCGACAAAUUUGAACGCCAUGGGCACCAUGCAACAGUCUCCUGGGAUGCUGGGCGUGCGGAUGCCUGAAGCCCGCCACUCCUUUAUCGCCAACGAUUCGCGCCUCGACAUACCAUUUGGCCGCGGCGAAGCCCAGAUGCGCACAAUGAGUAUGGUUCAACCUAGCUCUGCGUCGUGGAUACAACCAGGCCAGCCAGUUGGUUACGCCCCUUCAAUCCGGCCUCAGGGCAAUGCCUAUGCUCCAUCGAUCGCUCCCUCCGAGCGCAGCAAUAUUGGCCUCCCAGGCCGUUACCGUCCGGUGUCUCAUAUGCCCCCGCCGCAUCUUGUGCCAGAACAGGGCCACUUGCGCAAGUCAUCGGUGAUGUCAGGGGCACCACAGCACCCUAGUAUUUCUGUGACAAACGUGACCAGUGAUAGUGGCAACGCGUCAGAUGAUGAUGAAGAAGGCUGGGCUGCGAUGAAAGCGAAGCGAGAGAAAAAGAAGAGCCUCUGGAGGUCUAAGAAGCUGGGUGGUGACAAUCUCGAUUCUCUUAUUAGCUGA